UAUUAAACAAAUAUAUACACAAAUCUCUUUAAAAUGGGCUUCUUCAUUAAUUAUUUUGUUUUAUUUUUUGUUGGAACAAUUUUGUCUUUUGUUUCAUCAGAAAAUGGACAAUUAUCUGGUAUUGAUAAAAAUGCUUUUCGAAUGAGUUUUGGAAAAAGAUCUUCCUUUAAUGACGACGAACAACAAUUAUUUGACAAAAAGUUAAAAGCGGUGUGUUUUAAUUAAGCUUAAUUUAACAAGUUUUUAAGAUCUCUAACAAACAAUCAGACAUUUGGAUACGAAAACAAAGAUUUUAUAGAUAAUAAAUGAGAGAAACGGUUAAUAUAUCACAAGAGUGGGUCGCAUUUGGGGCAUAUGUAUCUCUCAACUUUUUCAAACAUGUAAUUGGGAAAAUGUUCUUCCUAAGCUU